AUGACCACCGACGACCCGGCGUUUAACAGCGCGGACCCGCUUUGUCAGAUGAGUGCUCGCGAGCUUGCCGAGGCCUAUCGCCAACAAUCCGUUUCUCCCGUCGAGGUCGUCGGGGCAUGUCUGGCGAGAGCCGAGGAAAUCGAUCCCGUCUUCAAUGCCUUCUCGUUCAUCGAUCACGCCAGAGCGCUGGAUGCGGCGAAAGCCUCGGAAAACCGCUGGGCAAAUGGGGCACCUCUUUCAGAGGUCGACGGCAUCCCCGCAACGAUCAAGGACAUUGUCUGGGUCAAGGAUUGGCAGGUGCGGUACGGUAGCUCUGUUACAAGUGACGCUCCUGCGACCGAGGAUGCGCCGAGCGUUCAGCUGAUGCGAAAUGCGGGUGUCAUCUUCCUCGCGCAGACAACGACACCGGAAUUCGGCUGGAAAGCGGUCACCGACAGCAAGGCGUUCGGGAUCACCCGGAACCCCCGCAACAAGGAUAAGACUGCAGGUGGAUCAUCGGGAGGCGCGGCCGUCGCGGCGGCACUUGGCGCCGGUGUCUUUCACCUGGGUACCGAUGGUGGCGGAUCAAUCAGAAUUCCAUCGGCCUUUUGCGGCCUCACAGGGCUGAAACCGACAUUCACACGGGUUCCUGCCUAUCCGGCCAGUGCUUUCGGGACCGUAGCCCAUAUAGGACCGAUGUGCCGCAACGCGGCAGACGCCUUUGCCAUGCUCAAGUCGAUGUCGGGCCGGGAUCGGCGAGACUGGUACCAGGGAGAAGCGGUACUCGCACCACUGAAACUGGCGCCGGUGUCGCUCAAGGGACUGCGCAUCGGCUACUGGUCGACACCACCGGCAGGCACUCUGGAUCCGGAAAUCGCGGCGAUUGUCGACCGGCAACUGAAAUCACUGGAGGCGGAAGGGGCAAUCGUCGAGCCUUUCGAAUUGCCUGGCAGGAACCUUCUUGACAUGUUCCACGUUCACUGGUUUUCCGGUGCUGCCGCGCGUCUUUCCCCUUUUGGUGCCGCGGACCGCGCGAGGAUCGAUCCGGGUCUGGUGGAGGUAGCAGACACCGGUGCCGCGUUCGACGCCCGGCGUCUUGUUGAUGCCCAGGUCGAAAGAGCCGACUUCGGUGCAAGAAUGGAUCAGGCGCUUGCCGACCAUGAUUUCAUCCUGUCGCCGGCAGUCACAAUUCCGGCGUUCGAAGCCGGGCUGGAAGUCCCGUUAGGUUCAGGCCUUGAACGCUGGACGGAAUGGGCCAGCUUCAGUUUCCCGAUCAAUCUGACGCAACAACCCGCGGGCGUUCUUCCAUGCGGCAAGACACAUGCAGGGUUGCCAGUAGCGCUUCAGGUCAUCGGUGCACGCGGGGCGGACGCGCAUGUUCUGUCGUUCAUCGCAAAACUAGAAGAGACCCUGGAUAUGUGA